UGCCAAAAAUCAACCAUGGCAAUGCGUGCCACUCGUCUCUGCCACUUCUCCUCCGCUUCCAGGAAGAAACUCCAAACCCCCAAACAUCUCUCGACACUGUCUUCACCUGAAACAACCCAAACCGGAGAAACCCCAACAACCAACACCAACGGCAAAAAUGGAAGCUUUCUCGACCACCAUGAAUGUCACCAACGAAUUCUUUCCUUGUCAGCUUUACUCCAACAGGGCCAAACCGAAGCUGCCCAAGCCCUCACAAAAUCUCUUCUCUCCUCCAAGUCACCACUUGAUCUCUUCAAUCUCUUCUCUGUUACCUCACCUCGCUUGAAACUCGUUUUCUCAAAUGUUCUCUUCUCCUUGUUUGCUCAGUCCAAAAUGCACGCCGAAGCCAUGGAAUUAUACAAGGCUAUAAGGAUGGAAGGUAUGCUACCUUCUAUAACUUCUCUUAACUCGUUGCUUGACUGUUUGGUGUCCUCGAAUCAGUUUAGUAAAACCCUUGGCUUGUUUGAAGAAAUAACAGGGUCUGGCUUUAGACCUAAUAAAUUUAUGUAUGGAAAAGCUAUUCAAGCUGCUCUGAAAUUAGGGGACUUGAAAAGGGCUAAUGGUUUUUUUAAUUGUAUGAAGAACGAAGGGGUGACUCCAAGUUUGUUUAUUUAUAAUGUUUUGAUAAGUGGCUUUUGUAAAGAGAAGAGAAUUAGGGUUGCAGAGAAAGUUUUUGAUGAAAUUUCUGAGAGAAAUAUGGUGCCAAGUUUGGUUACAUAUAAUUCUCUUAUUGAUGGGUAUUGUAAGGUUGGGGAGUUAGAGAAGGCUUUUGGGUUAAAAGAGAGGAUGGUGAAGGAGAAUGUGGAGCCUAACAUUGUUACUUUCCACACAUUGGCGAAUGGCCUUUGUCGUGCCGGUAGAAUCGACCAGGCAAUGAGGGUUUUUAAGGAAAUGGAAGCUCAAGGAUUUGCUGCUGAUGGCUAUACCUUCAGUAUUCUGUUCGAUGGGUUUUUGAAGAGUGGGGAUGUCGAAAGUGCAUCGGCUUUGUAUGAAGAAAUGGGUGUGAAAGGAGUUGGGAUCAAUAGAUAUAUGUUAUGCAAUUGGUUGAAUCAUCUGUGCAAGGAAGGGAAUCUCGGGAAAGCGGAAGAUGUUUUGCAGAACGAGAUGGGGAAAGGGUUUGUGCCGAAUGAGGUAGUGUUUAACACCAUGGUGAAUGGAUAUUGCCGAAUUGGUGAUAUGGAUAGAGCCGUUUCUAUGGUUGAGCGUAUGGAAAAGUUGGGGUUGAGGCCUGAUUGCGUUACGUUCAACACUUUGAUCGACAAGUUCUUUGAAAUGAAAGAGAUGGAGAAUGCCGAAGAAUGGGUAAAGAAGAUGAGGGAAAAGGGUGUUUCGCCCAACGUCCGGACAUACAACAUUCUAAUUAACGGCUAUGGGAAAAUGAAAGUACUUGAUAGGUGUUUUGCAAUUAUAGAAGAAAUGGAAAUGAAUGGGAUUAAGCCAAAUUAUGUAAGUUAUGGUUCCCUCAUAAAUUGUUUAUGCAAGGAUGGUAGGCUUCUUGAAGCCGGAAUAACCUUCAGGGAUAUGAUUAGUCGAGGGGUGUUGCCUAACGCGCUGAUAUAUAACAUGCUCAUUGAUGGGAAUUGUGCAGCCGGGCAAAUGACUGAUGCUUUCAAUUACUUUGAUGAAAUGGUGAAGGGUGGAACAAGACCUACAAUCGUAACAUUCAAUACACUCAUCAAUGGACUAUGCAGAAAAGGAAAGGCAACUGAAGCUGAAGUUUUGCUUCCCGAAAUCACGAGUAACAGGUGUAGCCCCGAUGUCAUCACCUGCAACACCUUAUUAUCAGGGUAUUCUAAUGAAGGCAAUGCCCAUAAAUGUCUGGAACUGUAUGAAAACAUGAAGAGUUUGGGCAUCAAGCCGACUUUGACCACCUAUCAUGCUCUCAUUACUGGAUGCAGUAAGGAAGGAAUUGAGCUUGCAGAGAGACUGUUCCACGAAAUGGAAGAGAUGCAUUUGACUCCUGAUCGACUUGUAUAUAACGCGUUGAUUCACUUGUAUGCAGAGCACGGGGAUGUCGAGAAUGCAUUUUCCUUGCAUCACAAGAUGAUAGACCAGGGAAUUUCUCCUGACAAAAUGACCUACAAUAGCUUGAUUCUGGGGCAGUUUAAACGGGGAAACUUGUUAGAAAUAAAGGAUCUUGUUGGCGAUAUGAGGGGCAAGGGAUUGGUUCCCAAAGGUGAUACAUAUGACCUUGUGAUUAAGGGAUAUUGUGAACAUAAGGAUUUCAUUGGAGCGUACACUUGGUGUCGAGAAAUGUUGGAGAAUCAUUUCCUUCCACUUUUCACCACUUGUAAUGAACUUGUGAUUGGCCUUAGAAAGGAGGGAAGGCUGCAAGAGGCUCAGAUUAUCUGCUCCGAAAUGAAGGCUAAAGGAAUGGAUCAUUGGAGCUCUGGUGAGGACCUAUUAGCUGCUGCUAACAUCGACACCAGAUGACCGCAAAAAGUAAAGUCAUUGAAUUGAAAGAGCACUGAACAAGUAGAA